UUAUUUUGAACUGCCCUCACGGCACAUCCGCAUGUGGACUAGCAUUAUGUAAUUAGCAAUUCAUAUUACCUUUACACAUAAUAAUAAUAAUAAUUUUAAAAAAUACUGCUUAAAAUUCAAUUACCCAUAAUUCUUGGGAAGCGCCUUCAAAUAUGGCGACAUCCAGUGAGACAAUGCUGAGUGAUGUUGUUCAGCCUCUUCAGGAGUCUUUAAACUCAUUAGGUUUUGAAGGUUAUCCUUUAAAGAUAGGAUGGUACAAUGCAGUUGUUUCUCAGGCCCAUCAGCUUCAGUACUCGGUGGAUACUCUGGCGCUGGUGGUGCUGAGCACGCCAUCCAUGUUUGAGAAAGUGUUCCUGCCUUUCCUGCAGACAGGCUGCUGCAAAAGUGUCAGAGAUCCUAUAGAUCAGUGUGUAGCCCAGACCAUCAAAUCCUGCGUCUCUGAGUGUCUUCCUGACCAGAGUGUCGAUAUCAGUUUUGACUAUGAGCUGCUGCCCAGCAGAAAGCCUAAGUUUCUGGCUCAGACUGCAGCUCAUGUAGCAGGAGCAGUGUGCUACUACCAGCCAUCAGACAUUCAAGAUCCACCAUGGGGGAACAAGAAAAUGUUUGGAGUGUGUAUCCAUCCUCGGCUGGGGGGCUGGUUUGCUAUCCGGGCUUUACUGGUGCUAAAGGGUGUAGAAGUGGGUGAAGCAUUUCAGCAGGUCGCUCCCCCUAACUGUGUUAGCUCACGGGAGGCCAGGAUAGAGCUUCUGGAGAAGUUUAACCUGUGCUGGCGUGACUGGACCUACAGAGACAUCAUCCCAGCAGAGGAGCGCUAUUCCCCUCAGCAAAGAGAGUAUUUCAUUACCCCUCCAGACCAGCGGGGGAAGCUGCUGAGGCAGUGGGGGUUUCUACCUGAAGACGAGCCUGAGACCUGAACCAACAAGCAAAGAUGAUGACCUGGGCAGUAUUGCAAUACUGAUUUGUCUUAAAACCAAAAUGCACACUGAUUAGAUGUACAUAAUUAGCUAAAGUGAAGCAUGGACUACAUUCUGUAAUGUUGUAUUUAAAAGAGCUUUACUAUCAGUGUGAUGAUCGUCAGUAAUACAUUGAUAAUAUGUAUGGACGGAUAACCCUCAGGUGACUUCAUGACAAAUGAUGUAUAAUAUUUUUUUCUAACAAAUACAGUCACACAUCCCCCCCCAAAAAAAGCAUACAGCAAUAGUGUGUCUGUGUUCUUUAAAAGUUUUUAAACAUUUCUCUGGGCCAUUUGGGUUUGCAUCCACACCCCAGCAUGAUUCUGCCAGAGUUCAGAGUACAUAAGAACAGACCCAGCAGACCGAUGUACCCAAAACCUCCAUGCUUCCUUCUCUCAGGCACUGUUCAAGAGAGGGGAAAAAACAAGAAGCACAAUUUUGGUUAAAUAAGUAAAUAUGUACCAACAUCAAAUGAUCAUAUCCGGCUUAUUGUCUAACCAUUUACAAUAUUACGUUCUUACAUAUAAUAUUACAUUACCUGGUUUCAACAGAAUAGGACAUUCAUCAGCAACUGAACACCAUUUGGCGUCAACAGACCUGAUUCAUUUUGUGUAGUUGCGAUUCCUUACCAGCAUCUUUGAUUUGUUUAGAUAGAAUUAUACAACAGCACUGUUAAAUGCUCAAUUUUGAUUAGUCAGAAAGUUUUAUAUAACACCACUGGCUUUUUCAUGUUUAUGGAAGGAGUCUCCAGUAUCAAGGCUUUGUAAGGAACUGUAUAAAAUGCUAUUUAAAAAAAAAAAAGUUAUAACAGGGACUAACUUGCUUUGUGGGCUUUCCACAACAUGAAACAAAGAAAUUUCAUUAAAAAAAAACAACAACGAACCAUUCUUUAAUUAAUACAAGUUGAAUGGUUGGCAAAUUGCUGUGGUAUUUGAGGAAUUCCAGGACAAUCUGGGAUAACGUCAGGGUGGAAACAGGGUGUCAUAUCACCCCACUGUGGAUUUUUGUCUCAGGAUUGAAAUAUCAGGUAAUGUACUGACAUCUAGUUUCAAAAAAUGUCCCAGUCUCAACCAGAGUUUUGGUAUCUGGGCCUAAAGCAGUACGAUCUAGGGAUUAAGGGAAUGACUGCAAAACCUAACACACUGAAUACCUUGUGAAAAAUUGCAUCUUUAUUUUGUUAUAAGGGAAUGCAACAUUUUCCAUUUGAAUGUCCAGGACAAUGAUAAAAG